UGAUGAAGUGCGCAAAAGAUACAGGAGUGUGAAACAAGGAGAGCCUCAAACAUGAAGUGGCCCUCGAGCCAAAGUGUGUGAGACCUCGAAAACUGGCCUACAUCGUUGAUGCGAUACUCGGAGGCGCAGAAAGAUCGUUUCGCGCCGCGGAAAGAGCUCGGAGGGUAACGGUUUUGAGAAAUAGUAACUGCACUCCACGAAAAAUGGGUGAACUAGUAUGACUACCAUGAGGAAGAUCAUUGAAGAUGGCUUUCUAUGAUUGAUUAUUCCUACGAUUUGUUGGUAUCAGCCUCGCAUUUGCUACAAAUUAUGACAACUAGGGUUUUAGCUAUUUUUAGAUCACCUAUAACAAUGGUAGAGAAAAGGUCGGGGUGGAGCAAUGAGUGAGUGAGUGAGUGAAUGAAUGUAGAGCACACUCGUAGGGAUAUUUUUGGCACUUCUCCCACGCUUAGCUGCUGUGAAACUUUGGUAAAAGCAGACACAAGAAGUAGUAGGAGUUGCGCAGCACUUUCUUUGCUGGUAAUGUAUUCUUUGGCAUCAAUGUUUCUUCCAGUUCCACCUCUCAAAUCAUGGCUUUCCUGUCCUCCACGCAGAAGCAUGUGCGCGGAUUCACCGGAGGAUGCAGGACUACCUUGUGGCAGGUGAGUCGUCGCCCCUCCUAUCGUCCUAGGCCAAAGAAAAACCGAAGGUGGCACGAAUGUGGUGUGAUGUCUAAAUCCGUAUAGGAACUCUCUUGACUUGCCAGUGUUAGAAGGUGAACUCCAGAGGCGUGCGAUGCGGAUGCCCCUACAGAUAGCCCCUGUAUUACCUCAAGAGUAGGCACGUCAAUCACGCCAUUGAUGGGUGCUAUGGAGAAGGAUGCAGCUUAGCUGAUAUGUGCUGCGGAGAAGGAUGCAGCUUUUUCGUCGACUUUGGAUGGUGGAACGAGACGUGCCACCAGAAGGGUGCCCACAGUACGUACGUGGAAGCAGAAGUCGGCGGAAAAAUUUAGUCCGAUCUUUCAAGGUGGACUUGCCGAACGCGGUGGACUUGCCGAGGAGUCAUGGUAAUGGAGCUGCAAGUUCUGCAACACCUAGUUCUGCGGAGACUUUGAAUGAUGGCACUGCAACAGCUUCGAAUGAUGGUCGGAGAAGUUCGAUAAGAACUGUUGGUGGAAGUAGGACUAGAGAACAGCAGGGAGAACAGAACGCCAGGAAAACAACGAGUCAUGGCUGUAGUUCUGCCAUCUUUAGUACAACAGAAAAGAACCUCGCAGAGCAGCACUCACGCAAAGAGAAGAAAAAAGGAGCAUCUUCUUCUGUUCCGACACGUGGCGCGACAAGUUCUACAUCUUCUGCAUAA